UGCUUCAAACUCGAAUCCUAAUAAUAGCGGACAUGAUUUGAAGAUUUACCUUGACGGCCAACCACUGAUUAAUGAACUUGUUAAAACACCGUUAUUUUGUCUAAUGGUGUGUCACUUAUGGAGUGAGUGCCUACUGGACAGUGAUACUACUACUCAAACAGAAUUACUGGACAGCGUGAAUGUUUUCUUAGCGCACCAUGCAAACACCCGAUCAAAGUCUAGAGUAAAAAUCACACCCGAUGAGUUAAGGGAGAUAAUAUCUCAAUUAGGCAAAGUUGCCCUUACUGGUCUGCUCGACGAUGCUAAGAAACUAGUCUUCUCGCAUCAUGAUUUCCGUAGAGCUCCCGCAAUCCUUGAUAGGGCAUGUGAGCUUGGUAUAGUAUCCAAGACAACUGUUUCGGUCACAGGCCUUCCUCAGCCCAACGAGACAACUUUCAAUAACAUUGAGUUUUAUCACAAACUCGCUCAGGAACACUCAGCUGGGAAAUAUCUCGCUGCUAAAACAAAGAAAUAUAUGUUACGACUGAAGAUUUCAAAGUUGGACAGACUUCUACAGAAAAUCAAAGCAAACAUCGGUGACUAUGAGAAUCUCAUCCGAUUCGCUGCCGGCACGGAUAAUAAACUUUGUAUACGAAUAAUGGAGGUGCUCCAUUCCAACAGAUUUUUGGAUGAGAGUGAGCGAUAUCGAAUUCUCCUUGACUGCUCAUCAGAGACCAGCGGUACUGAAGGAAAUGUGUUAUCAUUGGUUCAAAGAUGCGUGAAUGCGCAGAGUAUUGUUCUAAAGUCACCGACCGUGUACACUGUCGUUGGGAUGCAAAAUCUUCCGAAGCAACUGAAGCGUGAGGUUACGACACUAAAGUUCGAGGGCUCUACUCUAAGUAUCGACGUGACGAGUGGACUAUGGUCCUGCCUCAGAUCUUUUACUUCACUGAUCCAGCUCAGCAUCUCUGACUCCUCUCUCAGUUUCCCUCCAUCUCCCCCUGAGCUUCCAUCCAUCACAGAGCUUUCAGCCGAAAGAGUGACGUCACAAAGCUAUGAAGGUCUCCUCUCAUCGCUUCCUGGCUUGAAAAGGGUCGAUAUCACUAUCGGAGAUGAAAAGACGGAAAACAUAUCUCAGAUCCAGACUAGUCUACGUCGACAUCUGACGGGACAGGAUCUCACACGCAUCGACCCCCAUUCCUUCCCAUUAGAGGGGAAUGUAUUAAGCAUGUCAAGACAGAAGAUGACAGGACUGGGUUUUCUUAUCACAGAAUGUCAGGCGACAUUGUCCGGAGUUGCUUUCGGACUCGAGGGUGCACUGAUCGAUGUUGUCCAGUCUUCAACGCGUUUAAUGUCAUCUAGUCUGUAUUUUGAACAGUUUUCGAGGACGCUUAAAUCCGAUGAACUAGCAUUAAAUAUUGACACAUUGAAAAUCAAGGAUUGCCAGCUAUCUACUGAGAUGACUGAUAAGUUGUGGUCCUGUCUCAGAUCCUUCACCUCACUGACACAGCUCAGCAUCUCAGAUUCCUCUCUCAGUUUCCAUCCAUCUCAUCCGGAGCUUCUAUCAGUCACAAAGCUUUCAGCCGAGAGAGUGACGUCACAAAGCUUCGAAGGAGUGCUCUCAUCGGUACCUGGUGUGAAAGAUAUCGAUGUCUCUAUCGGGGUUGCAGAGACGAGCAACAUCUUUCAGAUCACCACCGCGUCGACCUCCAGACCUAUUGGUCAGACCGGGAUUACAGAUGACCAGUCCUACGUUCAUAUCAGACUGCACGCCUGGCCAGCACUCACCACAGACAUGAAUAUUGAUUCUGGCGAGUCAAUUGGAGGGCUUAUUAGUCUUCUAUUUCGAGAUCAAACCAAAGACCAACAGCGGCUGCAUGUGUCAGGGAUGAAAGGCAGGGACGAAGAAGCCUUGGUUGACCUGUUUGUCAAGACUAAACAACUAACGUCCUUGAAUUCGGGGAGUGGAUUUGGUUCUCUUAGCGACACAGACGCCAUCCAGAAUACUAGGCUUAAGAUACAGCAGUGCCAGCUAUCUACUGAGAUGACCGAGAAGUUGUGGUCGUACCUCAGAUCCUUCACCUCACUGAACCAGCUCAGCAUUUCGGACUCCUCUCUCAGUUUCCCUCCAUCUCCUCCAGACCUUCCAUCCGUCACAAAGCUUUCAGCGCAGAGAGUGACGUCACAAAGCUAUGAAGGUCUGCUCUCAUCGCUCCGUGGCUUGGAACAGGUCGAUAUCACUAUCGGAGAUGCAAAUACAGAAGACAUAUCUCAGAUCCAGACUAGUCUACAUCGACAUAUGACGGGACAGGAUCUCACAUGCAUCGACCCCCAUUCCUUCCUAUCAGAUGGGAAUGUAUCAAGCAUGCCCCAAAAGAGGAUAAGAGGACUGGGUUUUCUCAUCACAGAAUGUCAGGCGAUAUUGUCCGGAGUAGUUUUCGGACCCAAGGAAACAGUGAUCGAUCUUGUCCAGUCUUCAACGCGUUUAAUGUCAGCUAGCCUGUAUGUAGAACAGUUUUUCUGGUCACUAAACUCCAAUCAAGAUGCAUUGCAUAUUCAAAUGUGGAACAUCAAGGACUGCCAGCUAUCUACCGAGAUGACCAUCAAAUUGUGGUCCUGUCUCGGAGCCUUCAUCUCACUGAACCAUCUCACCAUCUCUGACUCCUCUCUCAGUUUUCCUCCAUCUCCUCCUGAGCUUCCAUUCGUAACAAAGUUAUCAGCUGAGAGAGUGACGUCACAAAGCUACGAAGGUCUGUUCGCAUCGCUUCCUGGCUUGAGAGAUAUUGAUAUCACUAUCGAUGAUGCAGAGAAAGACAUACCUCAGAUCACGGCUGGUCUUCGUCAGACCGAAGGACAGCAGCUCACAACUAUCAGACUUGAAGCACCGUCAUCACUCCCAUCAGAAAAGAAGAGUAUAUCGAGAGAAACGGUGAGAGGAUUGGGUCUUCUGAUUAGAGAACAAACUGAGAACCUGCGGUGUCUAUAUCUGGCCGAGGUGAAGUGUUUGGACGAAGAAGACUUGGUUGAACUUGUCGAGUCGUCAACAUAUUUGAAAGCAUCGGAUAGUCUACAUUUACAGUCUCUUGAUGUUGGAUGUUUCGAAUACGAUAGACAAUCGGGUGUCCAGGUAGAGAAAUGUCGGCUAUCUACUGAGAUGACUGUCAGAAUGUGGUCCUGUCUCAGAUCCUUUAUCUCACUGACCCAUCUCACCAUCUCUGACUCCUCUCUCAGUUUUCCUCCAUCUCCUCCUGAGCUUCCAUCCGUUACUAAAUUAUCAGCUCAGAGAGUGACGACACAAAGCUACGAAGGUCUGCUCGCAUCGCUUCCUGGCUUGAGAGAUAUUGAUAUCACUAUCGAUGAUGCAGAGAGAGACAUACCUCAGAUCACGGCUGGUCUUCGUCGGACCGAAGGACAGCAGCUCACAACUAUCAGACUUGAAGCACCGUCAUCACUCCCAUCAGAAAAGAAGAGUAUAUCGAGAGAGACGGUGAGAGGAUUGGGUCUUCUGAUUAGAGAACAAACUGAGAACCUGCGGUGUCUAUAUCUGGCCGAGGUGAAGUGUUUGGACGAAGAAGACUUGGUUGAACUUGUUGAGUCGUUAACAUAUUUGAAAGCAUCGGAUAGUCUACAUUUACAGUCUCUUGAUGGUGGAUGUUUCGAAUACGAUAGACAAUCAGGUGUCCAGGUAAAGGAAUGUCGGAUUUCUACUGAAAUAACUGCCAGGAUGUGGUCCUGUCUCAGAUCCUUUACCUUACUGAACCAUCUCACCAUCUCAGACUCCUCUCUCAGUUUUCCUCCAUCUCCUCCUGAGCUUCCAUCCGUUACAAAGUUAUCAGCUGAGAGAGUGACGUCACAAAGCUACGAAGGUCUGCUCUCAUCGCUCCCUGGCUUGAGAGAAAUCGAUAUCACUAUCAAUGAAGCAGAAAGAGACAUACCUCAGAUCACGACUUGUCUUCGUCGGACCACAGGGCAGCAGCUCACAACUAUCAGACUUAAAACACAGUCAUCUCUCCCAUCAGAGAUGAAUAGUGUAUCGAGAGAGACGGUGAGAGGAUUGGGUCUUUUGAUCAGAGAACAAAUCAAGAACCUGCGGUGUUUUUAUCUGACCGGGGUGAAGUGCUUGGACGAAGAAGACUUGGUUGAACUUGUCGAGUCGUCAACAUAUUUGAAAGCAUCGGAUAGUCUGCAUUUACAGUCACUUGAUGGUGGAUGUUUCAAAUACGAUAGACAAUCGGGUGUUAAGGUAGAGAAAUGUCGGCUAUCUACAGAGAUGACUGCCAGAAUGUGGUCCUGUCUCAGAUCCAUCACCUCAGUGAACCAACUCACCAUCUCAGAAUCCUCUCUCAGUUUCUCUCCAUCUACCCCUAAGCUUCCAUUGGUUACAAAGCUAUCAGCUAAAAUAAUGACGUCAGAAAGCUAUGAAGGUCUGCACUCAUCGCUCCCUGGCUUGAGAAAAAUUAAUAUCACCAUGGAUGAUGCAGAGAGAGGCAUAUCUCAGAUCACGACUUGUCUUCGUCGGACCGGAGGACAGCAGCUCACAUACAUCGAGCUUACAGCACCGCCAUCAUCACUCCCAUCAGAGAAGAAGAGUGUAUCGAGAGAGACGAUGAGAGGGUUGGGUUUUCUGAUUAGAGAACAAACCAAGAAUCUGCAGGGUCUACACCUGUCUAGGGUGGAGUCUUUGGACGAAGAAGGCUUGGUUGACCUCAUCGAGUUUUGCAGACGGGUUGAGACGAUGUCAGAUAUGUGGUUCUACUUGUGUGGUACUAGAAAGGGCGGCAGAUUGGAAUCUCAUCUCAAAGAUCUUCACACAUCUCCACGCCGCGACCUCAAUGUGCAUGUUUAUCAUGAUGGUAAUGUGGACGAUGACAAGUCUUAUAUCAUUUCUCACAUUGGUUGAGUAUCAGCGAUGACUACACACUACCGGUCAAGCUGACCUGUACCGUUGCUUUAUACCUGACAUACACCAAUAUGCUCGUUGAAGGACCUCAUACAUCAUUUCUUAUAUUGAUUAAGUUACAAUAAUGACUACGAUCAAGCGGAUUUACGUCAAUUUGUUUGAGGGUAUGAUCAUUAUCUAUUUUUUUUUUAAUUGUUAUUUUUUUUAUUUUUUAGUGUCACCCUCAUCAUCAGAAUAAAUCGCAAAAAUGAACGCGCGGUUUUUUUUCUGCAUCUUCCACUUAAACUGUCAAGUUUCGGCUUUUUAUUAAAUAUUAAUUAAUACGAUUUACUCCGAUGAGGUCAAAACAAAAACCGUUAAUUUGUCUGUUUUCAUUGGUUUUACUAUGGUUCAUGAUGUUAACUACCAUAAAUAAAGAUAAAACACUCGUAUAUUACGUAAUGAAUGAAUCAGAAAAGUUUUCAUCAAUGCAUCGGUCAAAUUGAUUAAAUUUUAGAUUUCAUAUUUAAGUCUAUGCAACAGUUCUGCUGUGUAUAUAUCUUAUGCCAUUUUAGUGCAAAUUUAGAUUACUCCUGUGAUUACUCCAGUGAUUUCUUGUCAUAGGUUUAUACGUAAUGAGAUAAAUGCCGGGUAUCCUCUUUAAAUUACGGCACUUUGUCCCUAAACAUAUAUUGAUACGGUUGUAUAAGGCUCUGAUACAGCCACAUAUUACAUAUGACCCUUGAAUUGUAUAUUUUACACUCAAAAGAUGGCUGUACGUGCUAUAACUUUCAAGCCACAUCGUUCUCAUACUAAUGCACUGUUUCAUGACCUCAAAUGGUUGAAUGUUUUUAAAUUGCAUAAAUUAUCUAUUUGUACUUUUGUGUUUGAUUUGAUAAAUGAACGAUUACCUCAUUCCUUAAAACAUUAUUGCAGUAUGAUACAACAUGAAUAUUCCACAAGCCAAAAAACGGGUCGACAACUACGUCUUCCUUUAUUCAAAACAGACCAAGGCAAGUUUUCUGUUUCGUUUGUUGGAAGUAAUUUUUGGAAUAUGCUUCCUAUUGAUCUAAGAAUUGAGAGAUCAAGAAGCUCUUUUUGUAACAAACUUACACAAAUAUUCUUGGGUGAAAACCACGAAUUAUAACCUUGUAAUUAAAUACCGUAGAUGUAUAUAGCAACCAGUCUCGUUUUUUAAAUUGUAAUAUUAUACACAAAUCUUAUUUUUAGGAUUUGGAAACACAUUGUGUAUUUGUCAAUUAACUUUAUUUCAGGUUUUAGAUAACGAGAGUCAGACUCGACUAGCACAUGUGCUAUUUUUACUCUAUUUUACCAUCGAUCACAAACUCAUUGUAAAUAGUCAUUAAAUGUUUUACUCUUGACACUAAAAUUACUUAUAACUGUUUUUUAAUAUUUGUAUAAUGUACAUGUAUAUCGCUGUAGAACAUGUAUUUUUAUAAUUCAUGU